AUGACUGUCAUUGAUGUGCUGCCACAGACACAGCGGGCAUUGAAGAUUGUCGGGCCCAAUGCCGUCUCUGUGAACGCAGCCGCCCCUCUGCCAGACAUCGAGCCAACAGACGUCCUUGUUCGGGUCGUUUGCGUCUCCAUCAACCCGGUCGAUGGCAAGGCAGCAGACAUGUCACCACAACUUGGAGCUACGAGCGGCACUGACUUCUCUGGUGUUGUCGUGGCUCUUGGCGCGGAUGUCGAGGCAGAUAAUUGGAGAGAAGCAAACACCAUGAAGCCCGUCAGGAUCGGAGACCGUGUGUUUGGAGGAAUCUUCGGCAAUGACCCACUGAGACCUCAUAAUGGCGCGUUCGCGGACUAUGUUGCGGUGCCAGCACGCCUUGUCUGGCACAUUCCGACAGGCACAGACUUUGCAACCGCCGCUACCAUGGGCGCCGCAAUUGCUACGGUUGGGUUGUCACUCUUCAACUACUUGGGACUUCCGCUACCAUCUAAGUCCAAGGCUGGGCUGCCAGUCGUCACGACAUGCUCAGCUGCCUCUUCCACAAACGUUUUGCAGUUGGGAGCAGAAGCCUGGUUUGACUACAAGUCACCCACCUGCGGCGCAGACAUCCGUGAGCACACCAAUGACUCUCUCGCCUUCGCGUUGGACUGUAUCACCGACACUGCAUCUAUGGGGAUUUGCUAUGAAGCACUCGGCUCUGCUGGCGGUCGUUAUGUGGCGUUAGAUGCCUUUCCGGUUCGUGGCCAUACUCGCCGCAGCGUGGUACCUGAAUGGGUGUGCACACCUACACAGUUCGGCAAAGCUAUUCGCUGGACGCCCCCCUACGACCUCGAGCCACGCCCGUAUGAUCUCAAAUGCGCUGAGCUCUGGUAUGUGGUUGCGCAACGACUGAUUGAUGAGGGUCUCAUUGCAUCUCACCCUUUAGAGAAGAGAAACGGAGGACUGUCUGCGGUUCCUGAGGGUAUGGAAGAGGUGCGAAGAGGUCAGAUCAAGGGAAAGAAAUUAGUCUAUACCAUUCUUGACAGCGAACCCAUUGCUGUAUCGGCUUGA